CAUUCAACAAAGUUUGGCUCCGGCGCUGCGGAGGGAGGGGGCGGCCCGGCCCGGCCCAGCUCUGCCCCCCGGCCGGCCCGACCCCGGCCCCGGCCCCCGGACAAGCCCUUAUCUGAUCCCAGCUCCGGGUUUAAGACUCUUGGCCCUGCCCGUCGCACGGCUCCGCUCUUCACCCCCUAUCCGUCCAUCCGUCCCGCUGCCCCACGGCUCAUCUGAGGAGCCCCUCCGCCUUGGACCCAAGAUGACGUCAGCUGCCAAGGUAUAUUACAGUCAGACCACUCAGACAGAAAGCCGGCCCCUGAUGGGCCCAGGGAUACGACGGCGGAGAGUCCUGACAAAAGAUGGUCGCAGCAAUGUGAGAAUGGAGCAUAUUGCUGACAAGCGCUUCCUCUACCUCAAGGACCUAUGGACAACCUUCAUUGACAUGCAGUGGCGCUACAAGCUUCUGCUCUUCUCUGCCACCUUUGCAGGAACCUGGUUCCUCUUUGGUGUGGUGUGGUAUCUGGUAGCUGUGGCACAUGGGGACCUGCUGGAGUUGGGACCCCCGGCCAACCACACCCCCUGUGUGGUACAGGUGCACACGCUCACCGGAGCUUUCCUCUUCUCCCUUGAAUCCCAGACCACCAUUGGCUAUGGCUUCCGCUACAUCAGUGAGGAGUGCCCCCUGGCCAUCGUGCUUCUUAUCGCCCAGCUGGUACUCACCACCAUCCUGGAAAUCUUUAUCACCGGUACCUUCCUGGCGAAGAUUGCACGGCCCAAGAAGCGGGCCGAGACCAUCCGUUUCAGUCAGCAUGCAGUUGUGGCUUCCCACAAUGGGAAGCCCUGCCUUAUGAUCCGAGUUGCCAAUAUGCGUAAAAGCCUCCUCAUUGGCUGCCAGGUGACAGGCAAACUACUUCAGACCCACCAGACCAAGGAGGGUGAGAACAUCCGACUCAACCAGGUCAAUGUGACUUUCCAAGUAGACACGGCCUCUGACAGUCCCUUCCUCAUUCUACCCCUUACCUUCUACCAUGUGGUAGAUGAGACCAGUCCAUUGAAAGACCUCCCUCUUCGCAGUGGUGAGGGUGACUUUGAGCUGGUGCUGAUCCUAAGUGGGACAGUGGAGUCCACCAGUGCUACCUGCCAGGUGCGCACUUCUUACCUGCCAGAGGAAAUCCUUUGGGGCUAUGAGUUCACACCUGCUAUCUCACUGUCCGCCAGUGGCAAAUACAUAGCUGAUUUCAGCCUGUUCGACCAAGUUGUGAAAGUGGCUCCCCCUAGUGGCUUCCGUGACAGCACCGUUCGGUACGGAGACCCAGAAAAACUCAAAUUGGAGGAGUCCUUGAGGGAGCAAGCUGAGAAGGAGAGCAGUGCUCUUAGUGUGCGCAUUAGCAACGUCUGAUGGCCUGUUCCCACAUCCCCAUCCCGCAGGUCUCCCUUCCUCUUCUUCACGCCCUGGGUCAGGGGAGCUUCCUGGGUUUACUGGAGAGCCCUAGAAGCAUCCAUCUUCCUCUCCCUCCUCUUUAACCCGGUGGCCUGUCAGUCAAGGCCAACUGCUGUCCAAAUUUUCCUCCCACCAUCUCCUUUCACUUUCCCCUGCUUCUACCCCAAUACACACAACUGCCUUAAGCCAGGAUGGGGGAAGGAGAGGGAACAUGGGGCUGAAGUGGCUGAGAAGGCUUCAGCCGUGCUUGGAGACUCACGUUAGGAGGACCAUGUGGUUGGAUGGAUGCACCCCGCACCACCAUCACCAUAAAGUCUGGUGACUUGAGGCUAGCCCCAUCCCCUCUGUCUCUAGUUUUACAUAUAGAAAGUUCCUUCAUAGCAAGACUCUCUUGAGUGGUCUCUUUGGUGCCCUCAGAAAUAGAGGAAUCUGAAAUCAGUUUAUCCUAGAGCCUCUACCAAUCCCUGUUGAAAGAACUCAGGGUUUGUCUAGCUUCUGCUGGUAACUCCUGACUAUUGCCUAGAAUCUCAAUCACCACUAUCUUUCCCUUUCUAGUUUCUUAAGCGGACUCCUUCGAAAUAACUAGUCCUCUGAUAGCCUCAGCUCCAAGAGAAUUGGGGUUGAUUCAAGAACCAUAAACAACCAACCUGCACACCUGCACCCAUCCUGGAUUCUGAACUCUUUAAGUUGGAAUGAUUAAUGCAGAGUGUUGCCCAAACAUUGGACUUACCUUCCAUAAAACCUUGGGAAGAUUGCUUCUCCUAUGACUAAGCCAAUAUUUGAGAAAAGCCCAGUGCCCAGGCCCCAUGGAAAAGCCUGAAAAUGAUCUUCCAUGUUACACUGUAUCUGGUUUUUCUUCUUUCCUGCCUAGCUCAGGUCCCUCUUCCAUUUAACCCCAAUCCUUUGGGGGAAAGGAGGGGACAUGCCAAGGGCCUGUCUUAACACUGUCUUAACACUGGUGCUCCCCUGAAAACAGAUUCCCUAGGAAAGUAAAAUCAACCUCACAAGUGAAUUCUCAGAUUUCCAAACUGCUGUACAGAGCCUCUGGGAAUUGGCGAUCUUUGUGAAGGAUUGGACAGUAGCAGAACUCUGUGGCCUGUAGCCACUAUUGUGCCUGAUGUGCCUCUCUGUGCCCAUCUGAAAAGUGCCAGUUAUUUCAGUAGGCAGUGCUGGGAGAGAAGGAAAUGAUACCUCCUCAUCAAAUAACCAUUGUCUCUCGCAGCCAUUCCUGAGACUUGGUAAGAAAUGAUGAAAAUCAGUGUCAUCUCUACUCUCCUCACGCAUGCUAAAAAGUAUACUUUGCAUUCCCUUUUCUUUGGUUUGGGCUGUGAUAAAGCGCAGGGUAGGGCAUAUAGGCACCAGAACUUUCUCUAAAGCCCCAGAUCCCAAGAGUGCUUUCUGGUCUCAUUUAGGUACCAUGGAACUCCCCAAAAGUGGCUUGGCAUAGAGAUCCUGUAGGGAUCAAAAGGCAGUUUUAUUUUUUAAAGUGAACUGAUGAGCCAUGCGCUCAUGCAGAACACACACAGGCAUCUGCGUGCAGAUCCUUACAGAGAAACUCACGGCACUUCAUGACUGGACCCAUGGUCAUCAUCUGCUCUAAUUGCAUAAAGUCCUAUUAUAUUCAUCUUUCCUUGAACUCAGUUAACUGCUGAAAAUGAAGACCAUUCAGUCUCUACUCACGGUAAAAACCAGCAUUUCUGUCUCUCUCAUGAAAACAAGAACCAGAAAAACCUGAAAAUCGGAAACAAAGAACAGAAGGCAAAGGGCCAGUUUCAGUGCUCGAAACUUUAUUCAACAUUAGACUUACCUGAUGUCUCUCAAGGUGUAAGGACAAAAUGUACCACUGUGUGUAUUUCUUCUCCAUUAGCAAGUUAUGCUCCGGCUGGUUUCUUCUGCACACUGCUGCUUCCCCUCUGAAGGAAUUAUUCUCUUCUCAGAGCCCUGCUGUUCAUUCUAAGACCCACACUCCUGAUUCCUGGAUAACACUGAGAACGUUUUCUGACUUAAUCCUUCCUGACCUCCUCCCCUACCCCAGGCUCUGCUCUACGUUGCACUUUAAAUCAUACUGCCCUAUGAACGUAAUCUGGCAACUUCACCCACAAGCCUUCCCACUCCCCCAGGGAACAACUCCCCCCUAUACAACCCUAAAUGGUUCUUUAGACAACAGCCUGUCUCAUCUGUCCUGGAGCCCUCUUUCUACAGGUCAAGUUUAGAAGUGGCCAGGUCAGGUGAGAAAUGGGCGCCUUGUCCACACCAACCACAGAGUUGGAAAGUUGGCAGGGUACUUUCAGGCUCAGGUGUUAAAAGGGGGCAGAUUUCAGGACAUGGGCCAAACAACUGUUGGGGGGAGGAUGUGAAGAUGAGAAAUGUUGAUGCUGAGGGACCCAGUGAAAUCAAUGAAACACUUGAGUCUUACUUGGGUUAGCAAAGAGAGGUGAGUGGAGGCUUAGGGAGUUAGGAUAUGAUACAGAUGAAAGGUUUAUUUAAGAAGAAAGAAACAGAGAUAAUAUAUACAUAUAGAGAGAUGUAUAUAGAUGUAUAUAUGUCCCAAUAUAUUGAAUGUACAGAAAGGAAGUAUUCAGAGAAUUUAGUUUAGUGGGUAGGUAUCCUGUCCUGGUUGUGGGGUAGAAAACCCAGAUUUUCCAACUUACAACCAGUGAUCUUGGUUUCAACAUGGAAGUGAUACAGCUGAUGAGGGAUUUCAUGUUUGAUGAUGGGGAAGGGAGGGGUAGAAGCUGCCUUUCAGAGAUAAAGAGCUAUCCAUCGAAGCUUAUGAUGAACCUUGUGCUAUUGAUAAGAUCAGGAAGAGAGGUGUUAGAAGGAAAAUGGGGAGGGGAGAUACCCUAUCCAUGGAAAGCUAGGAAAAAUCUACUACUUACGCUAUGUGCCCCCAUCCCAAAUAGCAUCCUCUCACUGUAGUACCUGUUUUUUUUUUUUUUUUAAA